AUGGAAGUCAAAACUACAAAUCAGACUGAAGAUGAGAAUUCUGUACAUGUAGUUACUCAUAAAAGCGAAGCAUUGAUUAGCGAUAUGUUCCCAGCGUCACGUAUUGUACCAAUGGUGUUAUCUACUAAGGAACCUGUUGUUCUAUCCUUUGAUGAUGUGCCAGGACCGAAAUCUUUGAAGUAUAUGUCUACUUUCCGACAGUAUAUUUCUGAAAUAGGAACUCAGAUUAUUGCAAGUACUUUAAUUGCCGGAUUAAAUGUUGGCACGUACUGGCAAAGCAAAAAAAAUGCGAAGAGUUUCUCGAUACUAUUUGAUAAAUAUGGUCCAGUAGUGCGUUUUGUGAGUCCAGUAGGAGGAGACGUCGUAUUAAUUAAUCGUUUAGACCAUAUUCAAAAAGUAUACACUAUGGAAGGUGAACACCCAGUGAGGUCUGCUUUGGAUUCUUUGGAGAAAUAUAGGACUGAACAUAGGAAACAUGCUUAUGGAGGAAUAUACACAGUUUACGGACCAGAGUGGAUACGCCGAAGGUCUAUGGUGGACAUACCAUUACAAAGUGCAAUUACGCAACAUAUUCAGGGCAUUUGUGAGUCCUGCAACAAGUUAACACUGAAAUUAUACAACUUAAGAAACUAUCAAGAUGAAGUGCAAAAGAAUCUAGAAAAAGAAAUUAACAAAUGGGCCUUUGACUGUAUGGGUCUUAUUAUAUUUUCUAAGAAGUUCGCAAUGUUGGACACAGAAUUAAUAAACAGUCAAUGUGAUACGUCGUGGCUUUAUCAUAGUUUAGAAAAGGCUUCUGAAGCUAUAGCCAAGUGUGAGUCUGGAAUGCGCUUGUGGAAGUUAUUCAAUACUCCUUCAUGGUAUUCUUUGGUCAAAAAUUGUGAUAGUUUGGACAAUCUUAUUGGCAAACAUAUUUUGGAGGUGGAGCAAACUAUUUCACUAAGAUGCGAAAAUGUUAAAAUAACAGAUGCAAAUCCAUUAGUUGGCGCGAUGUUGUUGGGAGAAGAUAAAAUGAGUAUUGAGGAUAUUGCAACGGUGCUCAUGGAUAUGCUUCUAAUUGGUGUGAACACGAUUACUUCAACUAUGUCGUUUCUGCUGUAUUUCAUUGCGAAACACCAAAGAGUUCAGAGGUUGAUUUAUCAGGAAAUAGAAAAUGUUACCCUCGAAUCAAAUACGGAUAACGUAACUAACCUUAGGGUAACCACACCUUAUCUUCAAGCCUGUAUAAAAGAGACAUUAAGAUUAGCACCACCAAUUCCUUUACUAACGAGAGUUCUACCAAAGAAUAUAGUUUUAGAUAAAUAUAAUAUCCCUCGGGGUACGCUUAUCGUAAUGGCCAUACAAGAUGCAGCCUUCAAAGAGAAUAAUUACGACGACGCUGCUAAAUUUUAUCCUGAGAGAUGGCUGAAUAUCGAUUCUAAGACCCAUGCUUUUGCCUCGAUAUCUUUUGGUUACGGAGCGAGAAAAUGCUUGGGACAAAAUGUUGCCGAAACUAUGAUAACUCUUCUUACUAUUAAGGUUUUACAAAAAUAUAAGCUAGAGUAUCAUUAUGGAGAUAUCGAACCGACUAGAAGUUUUAUUGCGAAACCAAGCAAACCUUUGAAAAUAAGAUUUAUUGAUAGAAUUUAA